AUGACUUCCCCCAACUACUCAACCUUCGACGUCCGCGACGCUCGCACCACCAAAAAUCGGGCCAGAAUUGUUGCUCUCGAAAAUGCGACCGCAGAGCAGACACAAGUUGAAGACGAUGUAUAUACCGACAUCAACGAUCAUAUCCGAGCGCGCAACCUGGAACGCAAGAGCAAGAUCCAAGCUUGUAUAGCAGCAUUUGUCAUGUUUAUCCCGUCAUACGUCGCGUCCUACCUCUACCUUCAAGAAAGGAAUAAGUGGAUAAUAUUCUGGACCCUCAUACAUUUUCCGGUCAGUUGCCUUGAGGUGCACGAGCAGAAUCGAGCAUGA